CUCUGCAGUGUGGAGGGAAAUAUCAAACAAAUGCUUUGGUGAUUAUUGUUGCGCAGUCGUGCUCUUGGUGAUUUUUUUAAAUUAUAUUUGCCGGUGCAUAAAAUAUAUAGAUAUUGAUUGAAUCAAUGAAAAGGUUAUAUAAUUAAAGUGAUUUAAAUUAUAGUGAAAGCUAUUACAAGUAACGACGCAUAAAGAUAAGAAAAAUUGCCGUUAGCGCAUAUAAUUUGCAAUGAAAUUUUAUUUCGCCGUGCAGUGAUAUAAAUAAUCAUCUGACAUGUCCCUCAAGAAAGAAUCGCGCAGUGAUGUUCAGUUCCACCUGGCAGCGCUCCGUGGUGACUGCCCGCGGCUGCGACAACUUCUCGACACCGGCAAAGUGCAUAUUGACUCACGGGAUCGAGAUGGUACAACUCCACUGAUCCUAUCGGCGGCUAUGGGUCAUACGGAGUGCGUUCGCGAACUGCUGGCUCAGGGCGCCGACCCCGCCUGUUGCAGGACGACAGGAACGUCGGCGUUGUUCUUCGCGGCGCAGGGUGGCUUCAUUGACAUCGCGCAGUUGUUGUUGGAGGCUGGAGCCUCUAUUGACGCACCCUCAUUGGAUGGUGGUACACCCUUGUUCGUGGCGUGUCAAUGCGGUCACCUUCCAGUCGUCGAAGAAUUAUUGCGACGAGGAGCUCGAGUUGAUGCCUGUAUGAAGGAUGGAGCGACGCCACUCUUCAUAGCAGCCCAGAAUGGUCACGAAGAAGUCUGUGAGAUGCUAUUAGCACAUGGUGCUAGAGUUGAUCUCGCACGUAUAGACCGCGCAACGCCGCUAUGGAUCGCUGCGCAGUGCGGACAUGCGCACGUGGCGCGUACGUUACUCGCUCACGGCGCACGCGUUGACGUAUGCCGACAGGAUGGUGCUACGCCCUUGUUUAAAGCAGCGCACAAAGGACACGUAGGAGUAGUUCAAGAGCUGUUGAAAUACAACCCUAACCUUGGAUUACUGCCAAAUGGUGAGAGCGCGUUACACGGAGCGGCAAUGUUCGGUCAGCUGUCAUGUGUACGCGUACUGUCGAGGCGAUGCGACAUCGCACUGAGGGACGCACGAGGCCUUACCGCACUGCAGGUCGCCGCUCACGCCGGGAAGAAAGACGUCGUUGCAUAUCUAUCACGGCUUCACUCAUAACCGUGACGCAGCUAAGGUCUUGGGUUCCAAUCCGAGAAACAUUUAACUAUGGAGCUUGGUUUUUAUGUACUAGGUCCCGAAAAAACUACAGCGGAAAAACCUCUGCAGGGUAUUUUUAUUGCAGUCGGUCCCAUAGUGAAAAGUUAUUAUUUGCUAUAUCGCCUGUACAUCCUGCAUAUUUAGGUUCGAUUCCCGGAGAAAAGCCCCCAUACCCUUUGUAAGAGCUUCGUUUUUAUAUGACCAUUCCCAGUGUAGAAAACACUAUUACAGGCUAUUUUUAGCAUCCUUUUAUUAAAACAAAAUAACAAUAUAUCAUCAGAUAUAAUUGUAAUGAUACAAUUUUAUUUUCAAUAUCCUAAAUCCGAUGAGAUUCGAGAUGAACUGCUAGAUGAUAACACUGCAGCUAAAUUUAGAACCCUGAUUUUAAUGGUAUUCGGAAGUGUUCAAUAUUCUUGCGAAAAUUCUUGAUUAAAAAACAACAAAAAAAAAUUCUAUAAAAUUAACUGCUUAAUGAAUUUUGGCAUUAUCGUCAUUGGCUUGGAAAAUCUUCAACAACAAAAUAAAAGUCAAGUGUAAUGUGUAUUUUAUUGAAAACAGUCAUUCAAAAUUCUACUAAUGACAAAAAGUCUUUAUGUAGGUAUAUGUUUAUUUUAUAAUAAAGAUAUUUUUUUAUGUUUGUAAUCAUAUAGGUAACGGUUAUUGCCUUUUCCAAUUCUAUUAAAAAGGGCACACCUAUAAAGAAAUUUGGGUAUGAGCAUACUUUUAAAAAUGGAAUUAUUUGAGUGCUUGAUUGUGAUUGGUCAAUAUGGUCCCCAACAAGAAAUAUUCCUUUUUCAGAAGUAUACAAAAAGUACAUGAAAACACAUUUUAGAAAGUUAU